AUUUCGCGACACAACACAACAACAAUAAACAUGUGAAACGGCUUCAAAUGUAUCGUGUCAAAGGGUUUAAUUAACAACUUCAUUGUCUGUAAUAUAUUAACGGAAUAUCGACAUUAAUUAUAAAAUAAAGACCAAAAAAUAAAGAAAAGAAAAGUAUUUACACAGCGAUGGAGAUUUGUCCUGAAUUUGUUGUAUUACAAUCUGCCUUCAAACUUGUAGACAGCCAGGCUGGUGAAUAUCUACACACACUGAAGAAGACAGCUUGCAGACCAUAUACUACCAUAAUUGUAACUGCGAUCAAUGAAAUAUGCCAUGGUCUACAAAGCGACAAUGAUAAAGAAAGCUCAUUGCAAUGGGAACAGAAGCUGCAUGCUACAAUGCUGUAUUGCUUGGUUCAGAAAAAAUAUAUUGAUAUACAGACUCCUAUUCGCCCAGGGUCCAUUCCAUGCCUGAAUGCUAUGGACAUGAUAGUAGGACUGCUUCCAACAUACAGCACCAGCUUGUACUUUGAGAUUGUCAAGCAAAAACAGUGGGCAUGUUACUUCUUUCAGGCUCUGCCUCUUCUUGAUCAUACCACAGCGGCUGGUCUGCUUACUGACCUACUGAACCACUUGCUACAGGAACCUGUGACCUUGGCAGACAGAGAGGUCAUCUCCAUAGCAACCAAUACUUUCCUGAAACACUGCUUGUAUGUUCCACCGGAAACCAGCCAGAUUCUAAGGGAAUGCUUAUGUUUGCUUAGAGUUCCAAGGAAACAUAUUUGCACACUGUACCAAGAGGCAACAACUGAUUUGGUUACUAUGGGAACAGAAGUGGCUCCCAUUGAUAACAAUAACAGUGACAUCUUUCAACAAAAUGCCUUCUAUUCAGAUGGCAUAACUUUUUGGGGUGGUUUUGUGGAAAGUAAUUUCGAUUUUCUAAAAAUGGUAAUUGAAGAUUUGAAUAAUCGUACAUCCCACUUUGAUACUCCCAUAUCCAAUGAUUUUUGUUUGCUGGGACAAAUUGGACUGCUAGCUUACCUGUAUUUGGUUGGAAAUGAAAGAGCACUAGAUUGUUGGUUGAUUAACAACAUGUUUGGGGGUAAAGUGUUGAGUUACGAAAAUUGUGGGAUAGAUUUAAUCAGACCGUUGUACGGCUAUAUGGUAAACAAACGAUUAGCAAAGCAGAUAGCAAAUCAAAUUGACUUAAACACAUUAAAGUCUGUACUUGAGAGGUUUGACUUUGCUGCUGUAGCAAAAACUCCAGUAGUAAAACUAGUACUUGAGACUGGAGCCAGUGAAAAUGGAGAAUGUCCUUUCCGGUGCUUAAUGUUGGAAAGCAAGGUUUUCUUACAAAUGGUUGAAGGUGUAAGAGCAUACCAAACCAAGGAUUUGGUUGUUGACAAUCAGGAUGGUGAGGAUUUGUUUAUUUGUGGUGGUGAUAGGGUGUGUGACCUGCAGGAUGUUGUUUACGGCGAGACAUGGACGGAUGAUGUCACUGCGGAUGCCCUCUUGUGGAGGAUACAGGAAAGCCUUCCACAAAUGGAGGGCUGUAUGGAAAACUUGCUACAACCAAAAUGCUGGAAGUUUUGGCAAUAUGACAGAUUGUGGGAUGUCUUGAGACAAGAAAUCCAAAUUCUGGCAAAAUCAAAGAGGCUUAUGCAGAUGUUAGAAAUUGUGUUGCACUAUAAACAAAUGGGAAAUAGUAAUCAAUGGGAAAGUGCUCAGCAAUUGGAGACAGGAGCAGGGAAGAGCAAUAAAAUGGAAGCUGAUACGAAAUUGGCAAAAGUAACAGGGGAGGUUAUUCUAGGAAGUCAAAAUGUCAAACAAAGGGAGGUAAUUUAUCCGCUGACACAGUUGUUCACCUUGGCAUUCCAAGAGCUUUCAUUGACAGAUCAGGACUGUAUAGUGAGACAGAUCCAUAGUUCGAGGGACAUCAGAGGACUGUUUCCAGAAAUAGAUCGGAGGGAACUGACACACUUGUUCAACAAAAUAACCUCAGAUAUGGAUGCACAAGUCAUAAAGUCUGUGCUGUUGAUGUGCCUGAAGGACCCACUAGUUGUCAUGGAGACCAUUGUCAGCAGUUGUGUGCAAAAUGAGCGGCAGGCAAGAAGCACUGCAGCGGUUCUUGGAUACUUAAAGCAGACGUGCUCACUAACCAGUCCAGACUGGCCUGAAAGGCAGCUCCUCACACAUGUCCUGUCCUCAUGGCUGACAUCAGAGCAACUGUCAGACAAGCAGACCAAGUGUUUCCUCAUAUUUCUUAGAGAAAUGCUUCAGGUGGAGAAUGUAAUUGAUGUAGAAGGCUUUCUUCAGUUUGUUAUUUUGCCUCAUCUCAGUACAGACCAUCUUCAAACCACUGCACCCACUAAGGUUGCCAUGACAUUAAAAAUGUCCUUGACAUUAUUUCUUGCCAUUCUACAGUCCAAAUGUAUGGCAGGUUUUGAUUGGUUGAACUCUAUUGCUGAACCAAUCGUUUUGCUCGUUACAUUGGCUGGCUUGCUGAAUGAGUGCUUAGUCCUAUGGACCCACAAUCCAUCUCUGGAAAGUGACCACACUGACCUUGACACAGAAAAUGUUAAAACAGAAAUGACUCUUUCAAAAUUGGCAGUAAAGGAAUUGACCAUAGCGUGUUUGAAGCAACUGCAAACUUCUUGGAAAGGGAUGGACGAUGAUAUUUUCAUGAAUGAUGCAUGUGGAAGCUGGCUUAUUGAUGCCCUGCACAAUCACCAUUGGACGGUGCAGGUCCUGCUAGCUGAGGUGUUGGAAACUGUUGGCUUAAGUAAGUUUGCUGAGCAAUGGAAGAUGACACUGGUUAAUUCCCAAUUGUCCCUGUUGGACUGCUGCCAAGUGGCUGCCAUGAGCAACACAUUCUCUGAUGCCUUGCCAGUUCCUAGACAGAUGGACUAUGAGACCUGGCUGAAAACAUUAGUACUGUUGCUGCCACACCUGAUGCCAAGCGAGGUUCAGAAUGUCUUCAUGUACCUUAGUAAGCUGAUGAAUGAUUCCGCCGAACUCUGCUGGAGUUACCGGACCUUGUCAACCAAUGUCCUCCCUUCUCUGGACUUCCGAGACGUAAGGUCAACCCUUCUGAUGUCACAGCUGCUCAAGGACGUUUAUGUCACCAUGACGCUGACCUUGACAAUUUCAAAGGUCAAACUAGCUCUGCUUCAGCAUUCAUUGCGAAGUUAUGUGGCAUUCAUUCAGACUUGCUGUGAUUCCUUAACAGAACCAUGCGCUACACAUUUGUUCUGCUUGAGUGAACUUUUCCACCACGCUUGUGAGUUGACCGUGACCCUUGACCCAGAGGUCAGAGAUGCUGUGCUGGUGUUGAUGAUGCACAUAGUUACUAGGUUCAAGGACGUUUCUAUGGGCAUUUCUAAUGACGUUCAAAUGACAACAAACAAGAAAUUGAAGAUGGCAAGUAACUGUGACAAAAUGUUGAAUUCCAACAGAUAUGCAUGUAGAUAUGGGAGACAUUUGGAGCAAGGAAUGUUACGUGUACUUGACGAUUUGCCUGAUGAAUAUGAAGAGAAACGUAUGAUGAAAAAGCAACUGCUUGUAGAUGGAUAAAUGCUUCAAACACAAGUGUGUACUAUGUAGUUGUGAUAAUGUCUUUAAUUGAUCAUUAGUCCAGAACUUUGUUGAAAAACGCUUUCCAGCCAAUUCGUUUUGAUCUUAUUAAACUUAAAAACUGUAUGUAUUGUCAAAAUGAGCCAUUUUAUCCCCUGCAAACGGCAGAGGGUUAAAGAAUUGGUGUUAUCCAUCCGUCUGUUAGUCUGUCACAAAAGAUACCUCAACGAAUAUGCUUGUUAACAUAUUCACACUGAUACUGUACUGUAAUCCAAUGAGAACACUUCCUGUCGUCUAGGACGAAGUGCUUUUAUAUGGUGUGUGUGCGAAUUUGUUGUUGAUUUUUUUUUCGUAUCUUCAAUAUUUACGCAUCAUGUUGGCUAGAGCUUCCAACAUUCUUAAUAAUGUUUAUAAUUUUCACAAACACACAGUUAUAGUAUCAUAUAUGAUAAAUAAAUACUUAAAUUGCAUGUAGACUAUUUUUCCUAAUUCUUGUAUUUUAUUAUAGAUUUGUAAAUUGAAUAAAAAUAUAAUGGUC